GGAUUGGAUUGGAAUUGGAUUGGAUUGGAAUUGGAUUGGAUUGGAUUGGAUUGGGAUUGGAAUUGGAUUGGGAUGAAUACUUACCGGAUGUUUGUAUCGCAGCAUCGGAUACGCCGAUCGCUAACUUGACGAUUAUUAGGACGAUAAUGGAGCUGAACGGUAUGGCGCAGAUAAAAGAAAAGAAGAAGCGACGACGAAUUCGACGAAAGGCGACUUAUUCGUUGUACAUUUAUCGUAUCCUCAAACAGCUUCAUCCGGAUGUUGGAAUUUUAUCGAAGGCAAUGUCGAUUAUGAAUUCAUUGGUUAACGAUAUCUUCGAACGAAUUGCAGCUGAGUCGAACCGUUUAGCGCGUUACAACAAGCGAUCAACCCGUGAUAUUGAGGCAGCUGCUCGAUUGAUUCUAUCGGGAGAAUUGGCGACACAUGCCGUGUCUGAGCUGUCAUGA